CAUCCACAACGAUUCCUAGGAUGCCAUUCUCACCGAGCGGCUCUCGCUCUGUUUUAGAAUCAUUAAUGGCGGAAAAGGGGAAAGGGCGGUCUAUUGGGAUUGAUUUGGGGACGUCAUAUUCGUGUGUGGCUGCGUGGAAGAACAACCGCAUUGAGAUUAUACCAAACGAACAGGGCAACCGCACCACGCCGUCUCACGUCGCUUUCACCGACUCCCAUCGGCUCAUUGGUGACGCCGCCAAGACUCAAUUCGCCUAUAAUCCCUUGAACACUGUUUUCGAUGCAAAGAGGUUGAUCGGUCGUAAAUUCAGUGACCCAAUUGUUCAGAGUGACAUGGCAAUUUGGCCAUUCAAGGUCAUUACUGAUGCUACUGACAAGCCUAUGAUUGUUGUUAGCUACAAAGGGGAGGAGAAACAGUUUUCAGCUGAGGAAAUCUCCUCAAUGGUGCUUUCUAAGAUGAAGGAUAUCGCUGAGGCAUAUCUUGGAACAACUAUCACAGAUGCAGUUGUUUCUGUGCCAGCUUAUUUCAAUGACUCUCAGCGUCAGGCCACCAAGGAUGCCGGAACCAUUGCCGGCCUUAACGUUAUGAGGAUCAUUAGUGAUCCUACUGCUGCAGCCAUUGCGUAUGGUCUUGAUAAUGGGGGUACUCGCUCUGUGGCAAAGAAUGUGCUCAUUUUCGACCUUGGUGGUGGCACGCUCGAUGUGUCUGUGAUCAAGAUUGUGGCAAAUGACAUUGAAGUAAAGGCUAUCGCUGGGGAUACUCAUCUCGGAGGCCGGGACAUAGACAACAGGAUGGUGAAUCACUUCAGGGAAGAGUUUGAAAGGAAGAAUAAAAAGGAUAUUAGUGGGAAUCCAAAAGCUAUGAGCAAAUUGAGGAAUGCUUGUGAAAGAGCGAAGAGGGGUCUUUCCUCUGCUUUCGAAACCCCAAUUGAGAUUGAAUCAUUGAUAGAUGGGAUUGAUCUGUUUUCGACUAUUAGUCGUGUUACAUUUGAGAAACUCAACAUGGAUUUAUUCAGCAAAUGUAUAGAGCAGGUUAAGAAAUGCGUGAGUGAUGCAAAGAUGGAGAAGAGCGAGGUUGAUGAGGUGUUGCUAAUGGGGGGGUCGAGUAGAAUUCCGAAGCUGCAGGAGAUGUUGAAGGAGUUUUUUAAUAGGAAAGAGGUGCGCAAGACCAUUAAUACAGAUGAAGCUGUGGCUCAUGGUGCGGCAGUGCUGGCAGCCAAGUUGAGUGGUGAAGGCAAUGACAAUGUGCAAAAGCUCAUUCUUUUCGAAGUUACUCCAUUGUCCCUUUGUAUUGAAGUUGAUGGAGAUCAGAUGUUAUGUAUUCCAAGGAAUACACUAAUCCCAACUAGGCGGGUGGAUACUUAUCGCACGGCAGAAGACAACCAGACCACUGUGUCGUUUUUGGUGUAUGAGGGUGAAAGUAGCAAGGCAACAGAUAACAAUCUGCUAGGUGAAUUCAAACUCAAAGGCAUUCCUGCAGCGCCCAGAGGUGUUGCUAAAAUCAAAGUUUGCUUCGACAUUGAUGAGAAUGGUAUCUUGAAUGUGUCAGCGGAACACACAAAGACUGGAGUGAAGAACAACAUCAGCAUAACCAACUACACAGGAAAGGGCAGGCGGUCUGGGAAAGAAAUAGAGAAGAUGAACAAGUUUAAGGAUGAGGAGCCUAGGGAGAAGGUUAAUACUAGGUCUAACUGGGACUGCGCCAACAAAGUGAAAGACGGUCUUAGAAAUGUAGCCAAGAAAACGGAGGAUGCUUACGAGUAUUUGAAAACGAGGCGGGAUCCCAACAAACAUGCAGAGGUUGCUGAUAAUAAAAACAAGAUGGAUGAGCAUGAGACUCAUUGCAAUCAAACAAUGGCCGUUGGAGCCAUUGCCGACCUUAACGUUAUGAGGAUCAUUAAUGAUCCUACUGAUGCAGCCAUUUCGUAUGGUCAUGUUAAUGGGGAUACUCGCUCUGUGGCAAAGAAUGUGCUGAUUUUCGACCUUGGUGGUGGCACGCUCAAUGUGUCUGUGGUCAAGAUUGUGGCAAAUGACAUUGAAGUGAAGGCUAUCGCUGGUGAUACUCAUCUCGGAGGCCAGGACAUGGACAACAGGAUGAUGAAUUACUUCAUGAAAGAGUUUAAAAGCAAGACUGGUAAGAAUAUUAGUAGGAAUCCAACAGUUAUGAGUAGAUUGAGGGAGGCUUGUGAAAGAGCCAGGAGGGAUCUUUCCUCUGCUACCGAGGCCCAAAUUAAGAUUGAAUCAUUGAUGGAUGGGAUUGGUCUGUUUUCGACUAUAAGUCGUCUUACAUUUGAGGGCCUAAACAUGGAUUUAUUCGAAAAAUGUAUGUAUCAGGUUAAGAAAUGCGUGAGUGAUGCAAAGAUGGAGAUAAGCAGUGUCCAUGAAGUGUUUCUGAUGGGGGGGUCGAGUAGAAUUCCGAAGCUGCAGGAGAUGUUGGAGAAUUUUUUUAAUGGGAAAGAGGUGCGCAAGACCAUUAAUCCAGGCGAAGUUGUGGCUUAUAGUGCAGCAGUGUUGGCAGCCAAUUUGAGUGGUGAAGUUGAUGGAGAUCGGACGUUAGUAUGUGAGCCGGUGUAUGAGGACGAAAGAAGCAAGGCAACAGACAAUAACCUGCUAAGUGAAUCCAGACUCGAAGGCCUACCAACAGCGCCCAGAUGUGAUAUUGAAUUCAAAGUGCACUUCGGAAUCGAUGAGAAUGGUAUCUUGAGUGUGUCAGCGGAGCACAUAGAGACUGGAAUGGAGAACACCAUUACCAUCACUAACGACAAGGGCAGACUGUCUAAUAAAGAAAUCGAAAGGAUGAUUCGGGACGCAACGAAGUACAAGGAGGAGGAUGAGGAGUUCAGGGAGAAGGUUAAGGCCAGGUCUAACUUGGAGGACUACGCCUACAAAACGAGAAACGCCAUUAGAAGUGCAGCCAAGCUCGAAUCAAAACACAAGCAGAAGAUGGAGGAUGCUUUCGAGUCUUUUAAGAAGUGGUUGGAGUCCAACAAACAUGCAGAGGUUGCUGAUUAUGAAAACAUGAUGAAAGAGCUUGAGACUGUUUUCAAUACCAUCAUCGCCGAGAUGAAUUAAGAAUGAAAAGUGACGAUUCGCAGGAUCACAUGGUCUGGACCGUUUCCAGACUGUCUACCUUUACUUCAUACCAGUAUUUGUAUUUGUGUGAUGAUUUCCAGGUUGUUUGGUUUAAGACUUAUGUGUUACUCCACGAUAUUGGCUUUGACUAUAGUUUA